AUGACGCCACAACACCACCGCGAUCCCGAACCGUUAAUCGAUAGACGCAUGGCGAUAACCGAGCCCGAUGAGAUUUCGACCACACCCAACAAUGCGCAUAUCGAGGGCCAACGGACAGGCUCGGUAUCGCGGACCAGUCGGCCUUUUGCGGCGUCAUUGAUUCCCAGUCAACCACACCGAAUUGUCAUCAGCCAGUCAUGGAAGCGCCUUCUUCCAGGGCGCGGAUUGCGUACUCAAAAGACAGCAGCUGUUCGAAGUAAAACUAAAGAGUCGCUGGAUGCUUCGGCACGCCCUCCAAACAGCCGGGCGGGCAUGCAGUCGACACUGCAGCUUGGAAAGUAUGCGCACGAGGAGGAAAUGCCCGUGUGGCUUGUCAAGCUAUUAGAAACGAAAGGCGACCUUCGUGCCGGUGGAGUCAUACCAGCCUUGAAACAGCUGCUUGAUUUGAGCUCACGGACCGAGUAUGCGUAUCUAUGCCAUCCGGAUGUCCAACAUGUGGCGAAGCUAAACAGAGAAGGUGCAUUCUGCGGCUACCGUAACAUACAAGUCCUCUCCUCUCACAUUAUUGGGACUCGCGCGACCGGAUGGGAGCAGCUGGGAGAUGAUAUCCCUAGCAUAUUCCAGAUUCAAGACAUGAUUGAGACUGCCUGGGAUCGCGGGUAUAAUGCUCGGGGCCGUGUAGAGACAGGAGGCAUCAGAGGCACGCGAAAAUAUAUUGGAACGCCAGAGGCCCAGGCAUUUUUCGCAAGCAUGGGGUUUCCGUGUUCAGUGCAGGCUUUCAAGGCUUCUAGUGAAGACGACAAUGCUUCACGUCGCCUGCUGAGUGCAAUUGAGCGCUAUUUUCAACAAGGUGCGGUGGGCUCAAUGGACGACAAAGUCCGUUCUACUCUGCUCCCUCCGAUAUAUCUGCAGCGACCUAAACAUUCUCUUACGAUAGUCGGGCUGGAGAAGCACAAAGGGGGCGAUGUUCAGCUCCUGGUUUUUGACCCCGAAUUCCAGAGCUCUAGUACGGUCGUCCGUCUUGCUGCCAAGGCUACUCUACGCAGGCAAUCCAAGGUAACCAAGCUUUUGGAGCCCUAUCGCCGCAGCGCUACCCACUUGGAGCGUUUUAAUGAAUUUGAAGUUCUCUAG